UGUGUGUGUGAAAGAGAAAAAAAUGACGGACAAAGCGAACCUCGGAGAGAUGAAAAAGCAGGACGAAAUGGAGAGAGAGAAAGAGAUAGAGGAAAACGAAGAAAAGACGACGAAAGAAGAUGCGCCGUUCGAUGGCGUUCCUAAGGACAGGGGCUGGUCAUGGGUCAUUUGUAUAGGCGUGUUUGUGACCAUGACUUCCCUCACCGGCUUCAACCGCAUCAGCUCUGUUCUGUUCGUGGACUACAUGGAACUCUACCAAAAGCCCGCCUCCGUCAUAACAUUCUUGUUCACCUGUCAGUCCUUGUGUAGUAGUGUGGCCACUAUACUGGUGUCCAACAUCCUAAUGGCGAGGUUCACAGUACGCAGAAUAGCUGUGGCGGCAUCUCUACUCAACUGUUUGACUACCUUUCUCAUUUCUUUCGCGCCGAAUAUUUACGUAUUUUUGCUUCUCUUUUGCUUUAAAGGCUUCGCUUUCGGUGCUCUGUUAGUGGGCCCGAUGUCACUGAUAGGUUUCUACUUCAAAAAGAGGCGGUCUCUCGCAGCCUCGAUCGCGAACUCAGGCGUAUGUGUGUCCUUCAUCGCUUUCCCGCCCAUAACAAAUCAGCUCAGGUGAGUGGGAAAUCCGGACCUACAUCUACAUCAAUCGCUACAAAAUUCUAUCCGACACUUUUGGCCGUUUUGAGUUGAGACCAUGUGGCCAGAAACCAA